CAGCAUGCGCGCCCGCCGGGGGCUGCUGCGGCUGCCGCGCCGCUCGCUGCUCGCCGCGCUCUUCUUCUUCUCGCUGUCGUCGUCGCUGCUCUACUUCGUCUAUGUGGCGCCCGGCAUAGUGAACACCUACCUCUUCAUGAUGCAAGCUCAAGGCAUUCUGCUGCGGGACAACGUGAGAACCAUUGGUGCUCAGGUGUACGAGCAGGUGGUCCGCAGUGCCUAUGCCAAGAGGAACAGCAGCCUGAACGACUCAGAUUAUCCCCUUGACUUGAACCACAGUGAAACCUUCCCUCCGACCACAACGUUUCUUCCUGAAGACUUCACCUACUUUGCCAACCUCCCCUGCCCGGAGAGGCUCCCUUCCAUGAAGGGCCCAAUAGACGUAAACAUGAGUGAAAUUGGGAUGGACACCAUUCACGAGCUCUUCUCCAGAGACCCAGCCAUCAAGCUUGGAGGCCACUGGAGACCUUCCGACUGUGUGCCCCGAUGGAAGGUAGCCAUCCUCAUCCCCUUCCGGAACCGCCACGAGCACCUUCCGGUCCUGCUGCGUCACCUGAUCCCUAUGCUUCAGCGCCAGCGCCUGCAGUUCGCCUUCUACGUGGUGGAGCAGGCGGGCACACAGCCCUUUAACAGAGCCAUGCUCUUCAACGUGGGUUUUCAAGAAGCAAUGAAGGACUUGGACUGGGACUGUCUGAUCUUUCAUGAUGUGGACCACAUCCCAGAGAGUGAUCGCAACUAUUACGGCUGUGGACAGAUGCCCAGACACUUUGCAACCAAAUUGGAUAAGUACAUGUAUCUGCUUCCCUACACUGAGUUCUUUGGUGGAGUGAGUGGACUGACAGUGGAACAGUUCCGGAAAAUCAAUGGCUUUCCAAAUGCUUUCUGGGGCUGGGGCGGCGAAGACGAUGACCUGUGGAACAGAGUGCAGAACGCAGGCUAUUCUGUGAGCCGGCCAGAAGGGGACACGGGGAAGUACAAGUCCAUCCCUCACCACCACCGAGGAGAGGUCCAGUUUCUUGGAAGGUAUGCUCUGUUGAGGAAAUCAAAGGAGCGACAAGGGCUGGAUGGCCUCAACAACCUGAACUACUCUGCAAACGUCACAUAUGACGCCUUGUAUAAGAACGUAACUGUCAACCUGACCCCUGAGCUGGCUCAGGUUACUGAGUACUGAGACACGGUGGGAAGACACGUGCACUUCCCACCACGGCAGCAGGGUCUGGUGGGCCGUCCUGGGGGUCGCCACCGGACGAGGACAGAAGUACGGAGUCAAAUGAAGGACCACAGGGUGACAGAGCACACGCACAAACGCCUUCAUGAGGACCCGCUGGGAUCGAGGUCAGCUUCGGGAUACCCCGUCAGCACUGGCUCUCUGUUCCACCAUGACUGACGGACGUCUGCCCUGCUGCUCCCUCCCAGCCCCUCUCCAGUAUCCUGUCUCAGCCACAAGCUCCAGAGCCCCAGAGGAGAUGGGUCUGGAGGGCCGGCGCCCGUGUGGAGUCCGCCCUGGGAUGGCCUCCGGGCUGCUGCCAUCCGCUGGCUCGGAAGCAGGUGGAACACCUCGCCAUCCUCUGCACCCUGGGUGUUCUCUGCUUUCGUUUUUAAAACAUUACCUGCUUUGGGUUGGGACUGAGGGUGGAGGGAGGGCCUAGGGAUGGUAAAUAGACAAAUCACAGUCACUUCUUGAAGAAGUGUAAUUGUAAAUAUGCCGUGUAAAAUGCCCUUGAAGAUUUAAUUUUAUAGCUGGCUCUAUUUCCGAGAGGAUCUGUACACCAGGUUGCUUGUUUGGCUGGUAACUGCAAGAGCCAAUGCAGCUGACUGAGGAAGACCAUCUCCCAGACUGCGGUCACUAUGGAAGGGACUGGACACAGGGCUGUCACAGAAGAGGAGAAUCCAGCCUUUCUCACUGGAGCCCACGUCAGUGCUCCCUCCUCUCCCCUCCUCUCCACCUGGAGUGGAGUCCCUGUCCCCAUGGCUCUGUACUAAGCAGUAGGCUGCUGUGACAGGGCACACUCUACCUUCUCAAAAAGCCCUCGGACCAGGCAUAGUGGUGCAGGUCUGUCAUCCAGUGCUCGGGAGGCAGAGAAGAGGAUCACAAGUUUGAGGCCAUUCUGUGCUAUCCAGCAAGUUCCAGGCUGGCCUGGAGUACAAAGCAGGAUCCUCCAGGGCUCACAGUGGGCACACCCCAGCUCUGGAGCCCUUUUGACAUCAGGGAUGGGAGUAGUGUCUUUCCCCUUCUUUUGGAGCUUGCUGUAGUUUCUGAGAGCUGUGUCUUACAAGACCAGCUGGCUUCAGUGAGACCUCUGUUUCCCUUUUGGCUUCUGGAAAGUGUCCUUGUCCCCAUGCAAUUGUGCGUCGCGUGUGGCAGUGAGCAGUGCGCUCAGGAGCAGGUGGUGCUGCACUGCUCAGCCAGACAGGCCUCUGGAGCCAGAUUCCAAAUGGUUUUUGAACAUGUGCCUCUUUCCCUGAGCCAAAGCCCUCCGUCCGUCCCUCUCUCUGUCUACAGGGUCUCAGUGCUGGUCCCCUCUCCCACACAGCAGACUCACUUCUACGUUGUGAUGAGGACUUUCUGAAGAGUACUUUGUAUUGCGUUCAUGGCCUUGUUCGUCCUGAUCUUUGUGGUUUACACGGGUGGGGGUGGGGUGUAUAUAUGUGUGCUUUGGAGUUUUUCUGUCACUUGUUGGUUCCGUGGACAUAUGAUCCCCACAGACUGUGGGCGUGAUUGACCAGGCCUUUUUUUGUUGUUGUUAUUUUUAUUUUUAUUUUUUUGAAGAAUAUAGUGUGGUUAGGAAACAAAUUGUAUUGCGAAGUGCUUAUCGGCCCGCAUGAGAGAGCAGGCGCUGCCCUUGGAAGGGCCGGUAAGGUGUCGCUCACGUUUAAAUACUUUUCAGGGAGCGACACACACACAGGCUCAUUUGAUUGUUCCUCUGUCUUAUGGUGCACUUAGCAAUAUGACUUCUUUCUUUCUUUCUUCUUGCCCCGCCCUUUGUGCCAGCCUUGGCCCUUUAACACCCCCGCCCUCGUCUCUCCAGUACUGGAAUGGAACCCAGGGCCUUGCGCAUGCUGGGCAAGUGCUCUACGACUGAGCCACCUCCCCAGCCCUCACCCUUCUCUCCCUCCCUGUCACCGAACACCAUGAGCCGCUUUCACUGUGGCACAACUGUGGCGUGUCGUCUGGAAAGGUGUCUGGCAUGACGGGUGCAGUGGCCUUGUGAGCCUUGUCCCAUUGGAUGUCUGUUCCACAGUUGCCUGGUGCAGGUGGGGGACUACUGCUGGACAAAGGCCAAUGCUUGAUGGAAAAAAGGAAACACUGAUUUGGGGGCAAAAGGAAAGUCUCUUACUGCUCAAGUAGAGUCACGUGGAUUCUCCUGCAAUCAUGUCCAAGUGUACAGUGCUGUGUGGACUGUCUGCCAGGCCAUGUGCCGUUGGAGCACGACGUUCUUACAUUAACUAAACAAGAACCAAGUGCAACCCUGCGUAUAUUUGGCAGCUGAAAUUCUGCAAGGCUAUGGGACCCUCAGAUCAAUCUUGCUUUUGAUUGCCAUGUAUGGGGAGGGCCCUCUUUUCAUGUUGAUUUUUUUGGGGGGAUUUACAAAAACAUUCACUUUGAUACAAGAGGGAUGCUGGUCAGUCAGAGGGCAUCCCUUCCGCAGACGCUAGCCAGGCAGCGGCCUUGUACUGGUUGUGUCCACCCCUGCGGCAGUGGCAUUGAAUGCAGCUGGCUUCUUUCCAUCACUACUUUUUUUCUCUUGUGAGCUCGCUCUUUGUUUGAAGAGGUGCCAGGGUACAUUUUUGCACUGAAAUCUAAAGAUGUUUUAAAAACACUUUUCACAAAAUAGUCCCUUACCAUUACAUUAUUUACUCAUGUGUUUGUACAUUUUUGUAUGUUAAUUUAUGAAUGAUUUUUUCAGUAAAAAAAAAAUACAUAUUCAAGAACCAAA